AUGCGAAAGCCAUUACAGAUGCGAAAGCCAUUACAGAUGCAACAGGAGAAACUAAAGGAUAAAAAGGUGGAGUAUGAAGCUACGGCUUCAAGUGAUAGGUCUGUUAAUCUGGACAACAAUGAUAAUCGAGUUAUUAUUGAAGUUUUGGGUCCUGAAAGAACAUCGGUGCAAAUCGACCAAACGGUGAGAACUUCUCCAUCAAUUUGUACGUUGUCACAAGACAAUGAAGCUGAUUUAAGAGAUCUCAUAACGGAUGCUUUAGGUAUCAACAUCCUAACUCUUAAUAAGAGUUUUGAUGGAGUUUCAAGCGAGUUUAAGAAUAAUGGUCAGGAGUAUGAUGUUAAUGAGGCCCAAAGGACUACGGAGAGAGCAGCUACUCUUCAAGAUGAUUGUGAUAUUUCGCUCUAUCCCGGUUGUGUCAAGUUCUCAUGUGUCUCAUUCCUACUUCAGCUUUACCACUUCAAAGCACUUUUUGGAUGGUCAGCAAAAUCUUUGACAUGCUUAUUAGAGUUUUUAAAUGAGGCAUUUCCAGAUGGAAACACAAUCCUGACUACAUACUAUGAAGCGAAGAAAAAGAUUUCUGCACUAAAUCUUGGGUAUGUGAAGAUUGAUGCAUGCCCGAAUGAUUGUAUGUUAUUUUGGGGCGAUGCUAGUAAAAAGAUCAGUUGUGAUGUCUGUAAAAGCUCAAGGUGGCAAUCUUCUAGUGAGUUGGAUGCAGAUGAACAAGUUGAUGGUAGUUGUCGCCGUCCUAAGCCUGCCAAGGUAUUACGGUACUUUCCUUUGAUUCCUAGACUUAAAAGAUUAUUUCAAUCCUCCAAGACAUCACAAUCCAUGAGAUGGUAUAAAGAAGGACGGACCAAAGAUGGUAUCUUGAGACAUCCAGCCGAUGGUUCUGCCUGGGAUGCGUUUGAUAAGAGGUUUCCUGAUUUUGCAUCUGAUCCUCGCAAUGUUAGGCUAGGUUUGGCUAGCGAUGGAUUCAAUCCAUUCCGAACAAUGAGUACAAGUCACAGUACAUGGCCCGUACUUCUUAUUCCUUAUAAUUUGGAACCUUGGGCAUGCAUGAAACAAUCAUCAAUGAUACUCUCAAUGGUUAUCCCUGGUGAAAAAGGACCUAGCAACGACAUUGAUGUCUACAUGCAGCCUUUAAUUAAAGAGUUGAAGCAAUUGUGGACAGGAGUUGAUGCUUUUGAUUCAUCAGCUUCUAAAUCUUUCACUUUAUGGGCUUGUAUUCCUUGGACAAUCAAUGAUUUCCCAGCUUACGCUAAUCUUUUAGGGUGGAGUACAAAAGGUCGGGUUGCUUGCCCAGUAUGUGCUAAAAAAACUAAAUCUCUAUGGCUACGAUAUGGUAGGAAGUUCUGUUAUAUGGGUCAUCGUCGAUGGUUAUCAGCUGAACACCCAUUUCGAAAACAGAGUCGUGAAUUUGAUGGCACUAUAGAGUAUGGUGUAGCUCCUAUACCACGGUCCGGGGAAGAUAUCUUAAGAGAAGUUGAAGGUGUCAAUUUCAUUUAUAGAAAAGCUCGAAAGAGGGAUAGAGAAGAACUAGAUGAAGGGUCAGUAGAACUUGAUGUAGACGAGGGGUGUGAUUUGUUUAACAACUUUGAAGAAUUGGUGGCAGAGGGAGAGGAAGCAAAUCUCAUAAAUCAAGACGAGACUUUAUGGAAGAAGAGGAGUAUAUUUUUCGACUUACCUUAUUGGCGUUACAAUCUACUUCGACAUAACUUAGAUGUCAUGCACAUCGAGAAGAAUGUAUGUGACAAUGUCAUUGGCACCCUUCUUAAUCUCUCACGCGGUGGUAAAGAUAAUAUCAAGGCACGCAAGGACCUACAAGAUAUGGGCAUCCGAAGUUAUCUUCAUCCAAAAAUGAGAAAUGGGAAAGAGUACCUACCGCAAGCAUGUUACACUCUUGCAUCAAGGGAAAGAGAUAUUUUUCUUUCCAUUAUAAAGAACUUGAAGGUACUCGAUGGUUAUGCAUCAAACAUAUCUCGAUGCGUAAAUUUGAAAGAGAACAAGUUGAGCAACCUUAAAAGUCAUGAUUGUCACAUUCUCAUGCAAGAUUUGCUUCCUAUAUGCUUAAGAGGAGUUGUAGAAAAGAAGGUGCUAGGUGUUAUUACAAACCUAUCAGAUUUCUUCAAGAGAUUAUGUGCAAAAAGUCUUGAUCCACAAGAAGUUGAUCAACUUCAAAUACAAGUCAUGUUAACACUUUGUGAAAUGGAGAAAAUAUUUCCUCCAAGUUUCUUCACAAUCAUGAUUCAUUUGAUUAUUCAUUUGCCGAUGGAGGCUAAGCUUGGUGGACCUAUUCAAUAUAGGUGGAUGUAUCUUAUGGGAUUGAAAGCUUCGGUGCAAAAUAGAGCUUAUCCCGAAGGUUCCAUUGCUGAAAGGUACAUAGUUUCAGAAUGUCUUACAUUUUGCUCCCGUUAUUUUUUUGAUGUGGAGACUAUAUUUUCCCGUCCUCCGAGGAAUGAUGGGAAUAUUCAAAAAUGGUACAUUUUCUCUUCUGGAGGACGUCCAAUUGGCACCAUUAACACGAAGAUAUUGAACAUGCGAUCUCUUGCACAAGCAAACUACUAUGUUUUAUUGCAUAGCGAUAAGUUAUCACCAUACCGUCAGUGA